AUGGGUUGCAGCACUUCGCGAGAGCCCACACAGCCCCCAGCCGCCGCUGCGAGCGCCCACCUCCAGGAGCGCCUCGAACAGCACGAAGGCGGCAUCAACUGUAUGGCCCUCAGCGAAGACAACUCCCUGCUUGUGUCAGGAAGCGAGGACGGCCGCGUGCUCCUGUGGAGCACCCAGUCUUCACCGAUCGAGCUGCUGGGCACGCUGCGCGGGCACUCGAGCUACGUGACCCACUGCGUGGUACACGGCAACUACGUGGUGACAGGCUCGGCCGACGGGACGCUCAAGAAGUGGUCCAUCGUGGACGCCAAGUGCGUGCACACAUUCGAGGGACAUGGCGCCCGUGUCAACCGGGUCGCCUGCACCGCCGACCUCAUUCUCAGCACGUCGCACGACAAGACGGCGGCUGCGUGGCGCUUCAACGCGGACCUCGAGCUACAGGGCCACACCAAGAGCGUCUUCCCCGUCAUAUUCGUUCCCGCUGACAACAUGCUAGGUGCUACGAAGGAAACUGAAGACAUCGUCAUCACGGGCUCUCACGACUUCACUGCCCGGACAUGGGGACUCUACUCCGGCGAGUGCCUCAAGGUACUGAAGGGCCACACGGCUCCCAUCAACGCUAUGGUGGUGGACACGGACGGAAACAUCCUGUUCACGGGCGGUGGCGAUGGUGUCAUACGGUCCUGGCACAUCAAAACGGGAGACUGCCAGCGUGUGCUGACCGGCCACCAGGGGCCCAUUGUGUCACUCAUCACGCACAGCAAGAUGCUCUACUCUGGAAGCUCGGACAACACCGCCCGUGCAUGGGUGAUGGAGUUCGGCGAGUGCACACGAGUCUACCGGGGCCACCAGCACACUGUCGACUGUCUCCGUUACCACGACCGAAUGCUGUAUACCGGCUCCGGAGACAAGGUGGCCAGGAUGUUCGAGGCCAAGUCUGGAACACUGAAACGAUCCUUCCGAGGUCACGACCAUGGCGUGGUCUGCAUCGAGGUGGUGACGGGCAAACUGUUCACGGGCUCUUACGACGGCACCUUGUUCGUCUGGGACACGACGGGCGUGGUGGACGAGACGGUCUUCGGCGACGAACACAAGGACAGCGAGGACGAAGAGGAUCUUCCAGACGACAGCGACGAAGUCAAGCUGGCCGUCAACUUCCUCGAACCCUUCAUUCACGAGGGAUGAGAUGCGCCAACCACACUCCGAGUUGGCCCGACGUUUCCCGACGUCCUUGCUGCCCUAAAGAGCUGUUCAAA